CCACACAACAACACAAACGCCAUCUUUAGCUGACAAGCAAAGUACCCGAAGCAGAGUUGUGGAGAGAAACUAGGUCAGGCGCUCGGAAAACCAGAAAACACUUUCGAAAACCUCGCUUCGUCAGCUUCCAGUCAGUGUUUGCUAACCUCCCGCCACGCCGUGCUGUCGUAUGGUCCAAUGUGUUUGAUCGGUCGGCCAGCUCGAACGCAGUUUUCUUGUGUCGGUCCCGGUUGACGUUGAUUGAUCGCCUUUUACUAAAUAGCCGACGGAGGUGAAAGCCAGGAUGAAACGAGGUCUCCAAGGGAAUGAGCAGGAGGAUGGAGGUGGCACCAGCGGCGGGUGUCAGAAGACUCUUAAACGGUCCCGCAAGCAGAGGCGGGAGAAGGAUUUGGAAGAGGAGGGAGCCCAUUGGGAGUGUCUGCCACAGGAGAUUCUGCUCCACAUCUUCCAGUACCUCCCUCUACUAGAUAGAGCUUAUGCUUCUCAGGUAUGUCGGGGCUGGAACCAAGCUUUUCACAUGCCAGAGUUGUGGCGGUGCUUCGAGUUUGAGUUGAACCAGCCAGCCAGCUCCUACCUGAAGGCCACACACCCAGACCUAAUCAAACAGAUAAUCAAGAGACACUCCAACCACCUACAGUAUGUCAGCUUCAAGGUGGACAGCAGCAGAGAGUCUGCAGAAGCAGCGUGCGACAUCCUCUCUCAGCUCGUGAAUUGUUCUUUGAAAACCCUGGGGCUCAUCUCCACCGCCAGGCCGAGCUUCAUGGAGCUGCCCAAGUCUCACUUCAUCUCAGCACUGACAGUGGUCUUUGUCAACUCCAAAUCUCUGUCCUCCCUGAAGAUCGAUGACACGCCAGUAGAUGACCCCUCCCUCAAAGUCCUUGUGGCCAAUAACAGCGACACACUCAAACUGCUGAAAAUGAGCAGUUGCCCUCAUGUUUCACCUGCAGGCAUCCUGUGUGUGGCUGAUCAGUGCCAUGGCCUGAGAGAACUGGCUCUCAACUAUCAUUUGCUGAGUGACGAACUUCUCAUCGCCCUCUCGUCAGAGAAGCACGUCCACCUCGAUCACCUUCGCAUUGACGUGGUUAGUGAAAAUCCCGGCCAACAGUUCCACACCAUCAAGAAGAGCAGCUGGGACGCCAUGGUGCGGCACUCUCCUAAAUUUAAUCUGGUCAUGUACUUCUUUCUCUACGAGGACGAGUUCGGCCCUUUCUUCCGCGAUGAAAUCCCCGCUACGCAUUUGUACUUCGGCCGCUCCGUCAGCAAAGACGUGCUCGGCCGCGUUGGACUCACCUGCCCACGUCUGGUCGAGCUGGUAGUGUGCGCCAACGGGCUGCGACCGCUGGAUGAAGAACUCAUCCGCAUCGCCCAGCGUUGCACGCAGCUGUCUGCCAUCGGCUUGGGCGAGUGCGAAGUGUCCUGCAGCGCCUUUGUGGAGUUUGUUAAGAUGUGCGGUGACAGACUGACACAGCUAUCCAUCAUGGAGGAAGUACUGGUUCCAGAUCACCGUUAUGGGCUGGAUGAUAUCCACUGGGAGGUGUCAAAGCAUUUGGGUCGUGUCUGGUUCCCAGACAUGAUGCCUACAUGGUAGCGCUCCGGGAGAAGGUAUAGGUUUGUAGGAGUUUAUCUUCAUCUUUCUCAUCUUUUGAGAAAGGCCUCUUUCUAGGCACAAUUUGAACUCCCUGAAUACAUGAAGAAAUUACAUCAAUUUGAGUUUUGAGUUGAUAAAACACAAAUUUGCUUUUAAAAACAUUGAUUUCAAGUGUGUUCCGUGUACAUAAUUUUUAUAUUUAUAUAUAUAUUUAUGUAUCAUUAGAUUCAUCUUAUUUUUACUCAUAACAUCGAGCACCUUCUUCUCUUCAGCCCCUUUAAGGGCUGUAAAACCCUGCAGGCUGGUUAUGUGUAGGGUUUCAGGAUUAUUCAGGGGUGGCACUUUUUCAUGAGAAUAAACAGGAUUGUAGGAAAAUUAUUGAAUAUGAGUAAGAAUUGUAUUUUUUUUUAAAUUUCACGUACGCAGGUUGUAUGUACCACAUCUGAAUCUAUUGCGAUGCAGACAGCUAAAUAUAAACUUUGCCUUAUCACAAGUAGGCAUAUAUACAAUUAUUCUAAUAGAAAUCAGAAACUUUACAGUAAUCAGUUUAAUAUAACUGCAAUGACUUCACAUAUAGACAUAUUCAACAGAUUGUCGUCACAACUCUGAAUGUGCAAUGUAUUCGAAGUCAAGCCGUUUGGUAAUUUAUAAAAAAUAGACUUUGUGUAAUAUAAAAAUGUACAGUACAAACAUUAGAUGGGGAUGAUUGCCAUUAUAAGCUAAUAUGUUUGUUUAUAUUCAGUUAAAAUCACCAAAAUUUUCAUUCUAAUGGAAGGUUUCUGAAGUUUUCUGACACUUAUAACUAAAGUAAUAACAAAUUAUGACUGUACAAGAAUAUAAAACAUUUCAUUGUAAAGGGACGGUCUACAUGUGGAGCUUGUUAAAGAUUGGGUCAUGUGACUGUGGUCAGGGAGGCAGUCGCACAUACAGAUUCCAGCUGAACACAUACGUUUUUGUUUGGUUUUCGUUUCUGUGUGUCAUCCACUUCCAGCGUCCGUCAUUGUGUCACUACUUCAUGUCUUUGAAUGUGUUCUAAGUCACUGCAUCUUAUGUCGAAAAGUAGAACUGCCUCUUCCCCUGUCCUCUGCUAGAUUCGGACAAGGACAGGGUUUUUUCUGCAUAGUUCUAUAUUCUUUAGUCAAUUUUGUUGAUUGGGGCUUCAUUUACUAAAGCAUAAUAGGCACUGCUGUUUAUUAAAUAGUCAGAAAUAACAGGAAAAUGCAUAAGUUUCGGUCCAAUAAAGUAACUUAGACACACUGCUAGGCCGAGCAAGCUUACCGUGGUGCAUGGUCACCUUUCAAAGGCUCAUUCUGAGCUGGAAGAAACCCUGAAGGAUGAAGGCAGUUCUAUCUCAGCUUUUCUAAUAACAGAUACUCGUGAAGGCGGAGCUCUCAAGUGACUUAUCUCAGUCUGUAUAAACUGUAUAAUGUGUGUAAUGUACAGUAGUUCUGUUCUGGCAUUGCCUGUCCCAUAGUCCCAUUGUAAAUAUCAAAAUGUUAUAUUUAAAAAUGAUUGGAAGGGAGAAAUUCUAAUCGUGGACGUCAUAUAUUAAUACAUUUAAUGAAUGCUUUUUGAUGCACUUUUAUUUUAAUGAAGGUCCCAAGUUUAGCCAGUUGAGCUUCUGUGUCAUUGGGGUGUGAAAUUAACAGAUUUUGCAGCCAAGUGCAGUGGUCUGUAAGUCAGCCAGCGCUAUGAGUCGCUCUUGUUAGUUAAAUUGCUUUUAUGGGGUUAUUUUCUGUUUUUUACAAACAUUUUAGUUUCUAAUAACUUUGAGGUGGAGUUGUUUAAUUACUGUCAGUUGACAAAAACUCUAUUCUGUGUAACCAAACCUGCUUGACAGCACAAUCAUUUACCAUGUUGAUAUUCUAUAUUAAAAUAUUUUUUCCCAGGAAAGAUAUAUUCUGGCUGAGAGUUUAUAAAGCUAAAUUUCUAGUUAAAAGGUGCAUUUGCUGUUAAAAAAUGACCGUUUUCAAUGUAAACACAUCAGAGAAGUGACCCACAUUUUUAAAUUGGAUUUUCUGUCUUUAGGAAAACAAAUUCUUUAUGUGAUUUUUAGCCCAAAUUAUAUAAUUUGGAUUUACUUUCUGAGACAGGGCUGCACAGUUAUGACCAGUGGGUUUCUCAGGCUGUCAUACAGAAACAAUUGGAUUACAAAAAUGGGAAUGUAUACAAAUUAAACACAUGGUGGUUUGAGAUCAAAUUUGUCUUUUGCUUAAAAACAUGAACUCCCAUGUCAUCCAGUUACUCUAUUGCGCAUUUGGAUGUCACAACUGUUGUAAUUUAUUAGAUAAAAAUACAACACUCGUGAUCUUAAUGAGGUAGUUGUGCAGCUCUGCAGACGGUGUGGCAGCUGAAUGUUGAUGAAACUGAAUGUGUUUGCAAGAAAUAUUUAUGUUUCACUAUUGUUUUGUGGCAGUGGAGUGAUAUAAUUGUAACUGAAAGAUGUCUUAAGGUGGACUUUGUGAAGAUGUGGCCUGUGGAUUUGCUGAAAGAUAACAUAUUUGGGCUGUGCAAUGAGAACUGCUAAUCAUUUUGUUCAGUUUAAAAUCAAUAGUUGGUUUACAGGUUUGGUAUUCGUCCUUUUUUGUGCAUUUUGUUUGCAAAUGUUUAUUGAAAAAAAAAAAAAUCACUACUUCUGUUCUUCUGCCCUGCAAAAGGGGGCAAACAUUGUCUUAAUUUUUCUGUUCCUGGAUGUCAGCUAGACCUGGCAGUGGACUAUCUUUUACGGACAUACAGUACAUUUUACUGUAUAUUUAUAAAAACAUGCCAUCUGCUGGUUAAUAUUUACUGCAUUUGUAUUCAGCGCUUCAACAGGAUUAUUGUAGUAUCCAAGGAUAGGCCGAGUAAGGGGUGCAGUUUCUUUAUAGAGACGACAGUGCCGGUGUGUUGUUUUUAUUCGAGCUAAAUAAAGCUGCAUUGUACUGAGAAGUUUUAUUGGAAGGUGACUCGUACUUUCCCCAAAGAUAUGUAAUAUUUGAGUAAAGUUCAUAGCCACAUUAAAAAUGCCUGUUUGAAAAUGUA